CUAACAACAGCUACGCAGAGCCUGAGAUAGAGAGAGAGAGUACAAAUCUGAAAACUGAAAAUUAUUUCAACAUGGAGACUGAAUCUUUAAAUCGUAAAAAUUCUUCACGAAAAAAUUCCGUUGUCAAUGGAAAUGGCGAGACAACGGCCAAACCGGAAAGUGGUGAUGGCGAUGGCGAAGUUACUCUUAAGGCCAAAAUGAGUUUACUUAAUGGUUGCACUGUAAUUGUGGGUUCCAUCAUUGGAUCGGGUAUUUUUGUCUCGCCCACAGGUGUCCUCAUGAAUACCGGCAGUGUUAAUAUGGCUUUAAUUGUCUGGGUGGCAUCGGGUCUAUUUUCAAUGGUUGGUGCCUACUGCUAUGCCGAAUUGGGUACAAUGAUUACAAAAUCUGGUGCAGAUUAUGCAUAUAUUAUGGAAACAUUUGGUCCAUUUAUGGCUUUCAUACGUCUGUGGAUAGAGUGUAUGAUAGUACGUCCAUGUUCACAAGCCAUUGUUGCUCUAACAUUCAGUGUGUACGUAUUGAAACCCUUCUUCCCCGAGUGUACACCACCCGAUGAUGCAUCGAGAUUAUUGGCGGUAUGCUGCAUAUGUGUCUUAACAUUUGUUAACUGUUGGGAUGUUAAAUGGGCUACCGCUGUGCAAGAUAUCUUCACAUAUGCCAAACUUUUGGCCUUGUUUAUCAUCAUUGCAUCUGGUCUAUAUCAAUUGUAUAUGGGACAUACCGAAUACUUUACAUUCGAGAAUACAGAUACUAGAGUUACAUCACUGGCAUUAUCAUUUUAUUCCGGGCUGUUUGCGUAUAACGGAUGGAACUAUUUGAAUUUUAUCAUUGAGGAACUUAAGGAUCCCGUAAAGAAUUUACCACGUGCUAUUGCCAUUUCAUGUACCCUUGUUACCGUUGUCUAUGUCUUGGCUAAUGUCUCCUUUUAUACCCUGCUGUCGCCUGAAGAAGUUUUAGGUUCUCAAGCUGUAGCUGUAACCUAUGCUGAGAGAGCUUUUGGUGUAAUUGCUUGGACCAUUCCCGUUUUUGUGGCCCUGUCCACCUUUGGAGCUGUUAAUGGUAUUUUAUUGACCUCAUCACGUUUAUUCUAUGCUGGUGCCAAUGAGGGUCAAAUGCCUGAAAUUUUAACUAUGAUUCAAAUCCAACGUUUCACACCCACUCCUGCAGUAUUGGCCAUGGCCUUGUUGUCCAUGUUGUACUUGACGGUAUCGGACAUUUUCGCCUUGAUCAAUUAUGUUGGUUUCGCCACUUGGUUAAGUAUUGGUGUUGCUGUCUUAUGUUUGCCCUGGUUGCGUUGGGCUCAACCCAAUCUACCCCGUCCAAUCCGCGUUCCCUUGGUCUUCCCUAUUGUCUACUUGCUUGCCACUAUUUUCGUGACCGUUGUACCCAUGUAUGCCAGCCCCGUUGAAACUGGCAUUGGUAUUCUAAUGAUCCUGACCAGUAUACCCGUAUAUUUGGUAUUUGUUGCGUGGAAAACUAAACCCAUCUGGUUCCAAAAAACUAUGGGUGGAUUUACUCAAGCUUUACAAAAAACGAUGAUGGUUGUCCGACCCAAAAGUUCCUCAAAGUAAGUCUCACCAGGUUUUUGCAGAAAGUUCUAAUGGUUCUUGGCAAGACUAAACCAGCUCAGGUGUAAAACAAAACAAAAUAAUUCAAAAAAAAAAGAAGAAUCCAAAAAAAAGAGAAAAACUGCUUUGAAAUAUAAACAAAAUGGCAUUUAAAGAUUUUUAUGUUAACGAAAAGUAUAUUUAAAAAAACAACAACACAUUGUUUAAGGCUUAUUAUUUUGUGUAUGAUUUAAAAUUUAAGUUUUUAUAGUUGUAGUAAAGUAACAAAAGAAAAAACCCUCAAACAAUAAACCCAGUUCCAUGACCCUUAAGCCCCUCAGUUGUUUAAGUUAAACAAAUAACUUGAUUUUAUAAGUAUAAGUUUAUUUUUUAAACUUGGAGAAAAGUGAAUGAAACCAGCAAGUGAUUUGAAGUAGUUAAUAAAGAAACUAAAUAUAAAUGAAUAUAUUUUUGAAUAAACUGCCACUAUUUUAAACAAUUCAUGAGAAAAAUAAAUAAACAUUUAAAAAUCCCUCAGCGAGAUAGUUGUAAUCAAUCAAUAGAAGGAGAACAUAUGUAUUUUAUUUUAGUUCAUUCCAAUUGAAUUUAUUUUUGAAACAUUGCAAAACACCCACACACACACACAUAUCCUUAAUAAAAGAACCGAGUUACCUUUAUGAAAAUGAUGAUUAUGAAAUAUAUUAGUUAUUGUUUAAUUCAUUAGAAAUCAAUUAUUAUUACUCUUCUAAUUACCUACAAAUGUAAUAAAUGUAUUAAAUUGUUAAACAAACAAACAAAAAAUAAAAAAAAUUCAUAAUUUUGAGAUUAUAUUUAAUCAAAAUAAAACAUAAUAAAUAAUUAUAAAAAUAUAAAGGAAUGCUAAAGUUAUGGGCAAAAUAAACUCUUUCAGAAAGCAACUUAUGGUAAUAAAAUGUUAAUAAAGGUUCCUGUACUUCCAAUAUUUAACAAAUAAAUAAAAAAUACCUUUAAAUCUUUAAUAACAUUUGUUGUUUUGUGGAGUUUUAUAAAUCCUAGAACUAAGUUUUCCCCACUCAAUUAUUAGUAUCUAUUGCGUUACGUUACGUUGCUUGGCAUUUUAUGUAAAUGUUUUCUUUUUUUUAUAAAAACCAAAAUAAAUAUUAAAAAAAUAUAUUAUUAUUAAAUGUGAAUUUAUUAUUAAAUCAUAACAAGCUUUUUUGUAAAGCUUUUCAUAGAAAGCAUUUGUAUUGAGUUUUUAAAUUUAUUUAUUUAUGUAUUGUAUUAUGUAAAAUCAUAAAUUACUACUCGUAUUGUAUGGGAAAAUAAGAAUUGUUGACAAUAAUAUAAUUAUUACUUACUCCUCUAUCUAUAUAUAAAUUGUAUUAUAUACUCAAAAAAUAAUAAAUGAAUUUAAAAGAAAAAAAAAAACAUAAAAACGAAAGUAUAAUAUUGUAAUUUAUUGUAUGCAGCAUAAUUCUGUUUAUCAUUUCUAAUAGUUUUUCUAUUUUUAUUUCCAUUUUUAAACUGUAUACCGAAAUUAUUAUAAUUUGAUUUAAUCAAAUGCAUAUUUAUAAAUGUAUUAAGUUGAUGAUCAUUUAUUUGAAAGAAACAAUAAAUUAAUAGACCAAAAAAAUAUAAA